AUGUACGUCAUCGACGAUCUGAACUGGGAUAUGAUCCUGGGUAAACGAUGGAUGGAAGACCAGGAUGUUCACAUCCAUGCGAAGGAAGGAUAUCUCGAGAUCGGGUCCAAUGGAGUUCAAGUACGAGACCGACGACGUUACCAGCCUCCACAGCUAGAUGUCUCUAAUGUCAUGGCCGCAACCUUUUUAGCAGAAGCACGCCGUGACAAACGCAAAGGCGGCAUUGGAGUUCACUCGGUCACGAUGGCGGAUAUUGACAAGGCCCUAAGACCGAAACCGAAGACUGACGUAAUGGAGAAGCUGCCACCACAGUACCACAAGUGGUCUCGAGCUUUCUCUCAGCAACUGGCCGACCAGCUGCCCCCUCAUCGGCCAGCCCUACCCUGGGGACCGCUUUACAGCAUGUCCCGCGAGGAGCUAUUGGUACUACGGAAGACUCUCACAGAACUACUCGACAAGGGAUUUAUUAGAGUCAGCAGCUCGCCAGCCGCGGCACCAGUCCUUAUGAGGGACCGCUAUCCCUUGCCCUUACUGAGCGAGACCUUGCGAACGAUAGCCAAGGCAAGGUGGUUCACCAAGGUAGAUGUUAUAGCAGCGUUCCAUAAGAUCAGGGUCGCCCCCGGCGACGAGGAAAAGACAACUUUCAGAACGCGCUAUGGAUCCUUCGAAUGGCUGGUAGUUCCAUUCGGCCUGACAGGCGCACCAGCAGCCUUUCAGCGGUACAUUAACAGCGCGCUCCAGGAUUACCUAGACGAUUUUGUGUCAGCAUAUAUCGACGAUGUCCUGAUCUUCUCCUCUGGAAGCCUGCAAGACCACCGCGACAAGGUCGGCAAGGUCCUCCAACGACUGAUGGACGCCGGGCUGCAACUGGAUAUCAACAAGAGUGAAUUCGAAGUCAAGGCUGUGAAAUACCUUGGGUUUAUCAUCGAGGCGGAGUGUGGGAUCCGAGUCGACCCUGAGAAGGAUGUUUAUGCCAGAGUUCUCGGUGAUAGCGGAGCGCUAACGCGGCUAACGAAGAAGGACGUGCCAUUCCGUUGGGAUGAAUUGUGCGAAGAAGCCUUCGAGAAGCUCAAGGACUUGUUGAUCACGGCCCCGAUCCUUGCACACUUCCAUCCAGAAAGGAGACUAUCGUGGAAGCAGACGCUUCAGGAUUCGCCCGAAGCGAACUACGCUAUCCAUGACAAGGAGCUACUCGCCAUUCUCAGAUGUUUGGAGCAGUGGGAACCAGAGCUACGGGCAGUAGAGCACUUCAAGAUCCUAACGGACCACAAGAACCUGAGGUACUUCUACUCGGAAAGGAGGUUGACAGAGAGACAAGUGCGGUGGUCGGAGUUCCUGUCCAGGUUCCAAUUCGAGCUCGAAUGGAGGCCGGGCCGCAAGGGCGGAUUGCCUGACGCACUCUCUCGACGGGACCAGGAUAUGCCGGCCAACUACUCCGAUGAACGACUAAAGGGACGCAUUAUGAGGCUAUUCCAAAAUGAUCACCUUAGAAGGGUCCCAAUAUCGACAUUGUCUACCAACACCGAGGGUGCCCAGGAAAUCAACUUCGGAAAAGAGAUCAGGAUAUUUGAAGAUGAGGAGUUACAGCAGCUGUGGCACGCCGCACGGCAAGAAGACAAGCUUUAUCAAGAACUCACGAAGCUGGUAGCAGAUGGAGCGAAGAACAAUAGAGGCCUGCUGUGCUUUAGAGAACGCGUCUGGAUACCCGGUUCGGAGCCGCUACGUACAAAGAUCAUCCAGGAAACUCACGACUCUCAUAUCACCGGACAUCCUGGAAGGGACCUCACGUACUCGACUCUGUCGAGACGCUUCUUCUGGCCGGGUGCCGCUAGCGAUGUACGUCGGUUUGUGCGCAACUGCGAGGUUUGCGGACGAAACACCAUCUGGAGGAUACAAAGAAAGGACUCCUAA